AUGGACUUCUUUACAAACCAUCGGGGCAAAGUGGGGAACGCUGCUGGUUUCUGUCCACCCCCUCAGCCCGAGGGGCGCAGCGGGCUGGGAACACUGGGAAGGACUGGGCGCUGGAGGGGCUCCGGGCCGCCGUGCUUCUCCUCCGCGGGAGGGAGAGGCGGCGGGGGCAGCGCGGCGGAGGACCGGCCGUGUCCCCGGUGCGGCCUAAGGGCGGCCCCGGCUCCGCGGCGGCCCGGCGGGGCGGGCCGGGGUCCCGGGUGGUGCGGGAGGCCGGCUGCGGUGCCCCCCGUUCCAUCUCGUCUCUCCUUCCCCCCGCAGGUGUCGGUGAUCAACACGGUGGACACCUCUCACGAGGACAUGAUCCACGAUGCGCAGAUGGAUUACUACGGCACUCGGCUGGCGACCUGCUCCUCGGACAGAUCCGUGAAAAUCUUUGAUGUUCGGAACGGAGGGCAAAUCCUCAUUGCAGACCUGAGAGGGCAUGAAGGUCCCGUGUGGCAGGUCGCCUGGGCUCACCCCAUGUAUGGCAAUAUCUUGGCCUCCUGUUCCUACGACAGGAAGGUCAUUAUCUGGAAGGAGGAGAAUGGCACUUGGGAGAAGACGUACGAGUACACGGGGCACGAUUCCUCAGUGAAUUCUGUCUGCUGGGCUCCACACGACUACGGCCUGAUCCUGGCCUGCGGGAGCUCAGACGGGGCCAUCUCCCUGCUGAGCUACACGGGCGACGGGCAGUGGGAGGUCAAGAAGAUCAGCAACGCGCACACGAUCGGGUGUAAUGCCGUGAGCUGGGCUCCUGCUGUGGUACCGGGAAGCCUGAUAGAACAACCGUCUGGUCAGAAACCAAACUACAUCAAAAGAUUUGCAUCUGGUGGCUGUGACAACCUCGUCAAGAUCUGGAAGGAAGAAGAUGGUCAGUGGAAAGAGGAGCAGAAGCUGGAGGCUCACAGUGACUGGGUUCGAGACGUAGCCUGGGCUCCGUCCAUUGGUUUGCCCACGAGUACCAUUGCCAGCUGCUCACAGGAUGGCAGGGUAUUCAUCUGGACGUGUGAUGAUGCCUCUGGAAAUUCAUGGUCGCCAAAGCUGCUGCACAAGUUCAACGACGUUGUCUGGCACGUGAGCUGGUCCAUUACUGCCAACAUCCUUGCAGUGUCCGGAGGAGACAAUAAGGUGACGCUGUGGAAGGAAUCCGUGGACGGACUGUGGGCGUGUAUCAGCGAUGUCAACAAGGGCCAGGGAGGGGUGUCUGCCGUUACCGAGGGGCAGCAGAACGAGCAGUGAUGCAUGAGGGAACGUUCAGCUGCCACCAGUGAUCACUAUCCCUGAUUUGCAAUGUUUCUCGAAACGGAUGAGAACUGAUUUUUAUCUAAACUGGACAUGAACAUGGGAAACAAUUAUCCAAUUUUAUGAGCACUCUAUAACUAUUACUGGGAGGCUACAAUAUGAUGAUGAUCAGCCUUAAUCAACAUUCCCAUAAAUUUAAGGUAAAGAGCAUGGCAAAGUACUGUGCCUUACACUACUCCUUGAUGCUGCAGAAACCGUACCCUGCUUUUCUGGUUUGGGGAUCAAACUGUACUGGAUGUGCUGUGGGCUCCCAGCACUUGAGUGGGAACAGGAGGAGACUAUCAGGGUGGUGAGGGGUGAAAUCCUUCGUGCCAGGGGACACUCUGUCCCUUCAAAGGCCAGAACUUUGUCCCAAACAAGGGGAAGGGCUGCUGGGGUUUCCAGCAUUAGAUGGCAGCAUGCUCACUAGCCCUUCUGUAGCAGUGAAGCAGUGCUUAGCUCUUCCUGAAAAUAACCUCCUUGGAUAUAAGAAAGUCUCUGUGCUUGCCUGAAAAGGAGUAGUGGAAUGCAUGUGUCUUUUGCUUUACAAUAAUCUUAAACUUGGUUAUUUAACCAAAAUCAAAAAAUCAAACCACAACUUGAAGAUAUUUCUUUUUUUUAGCCACACUUCUGUACUGUACCUCAGGCGGUUAUGGGUUUUUUUGAGAUACCAACAGAAUAAAGUCCUAUUGGUUAAA